CUAUGGUAGGUCCCAUGACCACGGCACUCAAAAUAAUGGAUCUCUCUCUCAACAGUUUCCUCUCUCAAAACAACAGGCCUGUAGACUAGUUCACAGUUACUUGUUAAUGGCGGCCAAGAAGAAGCCCACUCCUCGUCGUGGUGGUGAACGCUCGGCUUAUUUCGCUCGCCGAGAGGCCGCCAAGGUCCUGCGCUCUGUGCUUAAUGGAGACGCCAAGAGGAAGGCCGUCGCUUCAAUUAAGUCUCUUGUCUAUAGCCCCUCUAUCAAGAACAAAAAGGCCACUUUCGCUCUAGUUUGCCAAACCCUAAAAAAUCUUCCACUAUUGAAGAAAAUUUUAGCAAAAUCUGGUUUAUUGAAAGGCAAGUGGAAGAGGCAAGGGGAAUUGAUCUAUGUCGUUACCUAUGACGUCCUCUUUGGGCAGGCUGCUGUCUCUACAGGUGUUGCAGAGCAGUUUGUCCUUAAGCAGAAGAAUGCUUUGCAAUCCGCUUUAGUACAGCUUUGUGCAAAGAAGAAUGUGAAGAACGUUGAAGAUUUGUUGAAACCAAAUUAUCGAACUCUUGAUCAUUCCAGACCCCGAUAUGUUCGUGUGAAUUCUUUGAAAAUAGAUGUAGGAUGUGCCUUACAAGAAUUGGCUAAAACAAAUGAGGUCAAAAUGGAUGAUUUGGUUCUAGAUUUGCUCGUGCUUCCACCGGGAACAGAUUUGCAUGACCAUCCACUUGUCCUAAAUGGAAGUGUUUUCUUGCAAAGUAAGGCGAGUUGUAUGCCAGCAAUUGCCCUGGGGCCAGAACCUGGAUGGAUGGUUCUUGAUGCUUGUUCAGCACCAGGUAACAAAACUGCUCAGCUUACAGCACUUAUGCAAGGAAGGGGCAAGGUGAUAGCCUGUGAGUUACAUAAGGAUAGGAUAAAAGUAUUAGAAGACACUAUCAAACGUUCUGGAGCUUCCAAUGUGGAAAUUUUGCACGAGGAUUUCCUGAAGAUAAAUAUGAGAGAAGCCCCUUUUUCAAAGGUUCGUGCCAUUCUUUUAGAUCCUUCCUGCUCUGGAUCUGGAACUGCUAUUGACAGAUUGGAUCAUUUGCUUCCAUCUUAUGGAACAGGUCUAUCUGAUGAUGAUGCAGAAAGGGAAAGAGCAAAGAAGUUAGCUGCUUUUCAAUCAAGGGCCCUUGCUCAUGCGCUGUCAUUUCCCUCAGUCGAAAGGGUGGUAUACAGCACAUGCUCCAUCCAUCAAAUUGAAAAUGAGGAUGUCGUGAAUUCAGUUCUCCCACUGGCUGCUUCCCUCAACUUCGAAUUGGCAUCUCCUUUUCCACAGUGGCCCCGCCGUGGUCUUCCAGUUUUUGAAGGCUCUUCACAUUUGGUUCGGACAGAUAUGGUGCAGGAUAAGGAGGGAUUUUUCAUUGCUUUAUUUGUUAGAAAGAAGGUCGCAAUCCCACUUGAAGAAACCAUCAAAAGAGUAGAAAACUUGCCGGAGUCUCUCAAACUUAACAAUGGGUCAAGAAAAGCUGGACCCAGAUUUGGUGGAUUCACUGGAUCGAUUGAUCAGGCAAAGAAUUCUACGUAUAGAAGCCAGUUCAAAUUACCAUUCUGUCCUUUCCUCAAGAUGUCUCAAAGGCUGCUCUUUUCACCUGAAAUGAGGUAUAAAAAACCAAAAAACAGUGUACAAUAUUGUGCCUGAGUAAUAUAUAUAUAUGAUUUUGCAUUUAAACUUUUAUUAAUUGCUUUCC